AUGAAGCCGAAUGGAAGGAGCAGAUGUCGAAUGACCGAUCUCAAUCGGUUCUCCUCUGCUAAAACAGUUGCUCUGGUGAUAAAAAGAGUGAGAGAGAUCGUAGAUAGUGCGGAGGUCAAAGAGGGACUCGUCUCUGAAAAAAACGUUGCCAAUCGCGUGUCUUUUGAUUCGUCCGCGUGGGUUCAGGUUUUAUACUCGAAACGAGACUGAUAACGCUCUUUUUUCCUUGGAAAAAACCGCCAGACGCCUCUGUUUCUGCAAGACCCAUCAGAUUGGAUUUUUUGACUCUCCAAUAGGUCGAAAAACCCCUUUUUUCAGAAAAAAUCCGUUUUCCUAACUCCAAAAAACCAACAUUAUUCGAAGGAACUUUCCCGUAGUCAAGAUCUCUGUUUGAUAGCAAGUUUUUAAUUCUUUCGGUUGAUUGAAGCGCUGUAUUUUCUCAAGAUAUCUCUUUCCAUGCCAUAAAACUAGAAAUCGGUUUUUUUUUCUCAAACUCAAAAUAAGUUUUUUUUUUCCAACUCAGCCUAAACCCUUUAACAUUCUGAAAUAUUCAAAAAACUUCGAAAACUUUCGCAUAGGGGUGUUUUGGUGAGUCAAACCCCAGUUUUAGUGAACUUCCUGAAGCUUCGGGCUUUCAGAAGUCCUAGCCUCCUGAAAAUGUAUUUGACCACUGAAAGAUUUUUGAAAAGCCUAUAAACAUUUUGCAUAGUGUACGCCUAACAGAGGUGGUACACAAAUUAUCUGAAAAUUGACCAAUAAAAUAAAAAAAAGGGGGAAAGAAUGACGGAACGGUCAGGCCGGGGCGAGUGCAAUAUUAGCAAAGCAAAGCAACAUAGCAAUCGGCCAGGCCUAACUGUAUUUGGUCGUUUUCAAAAGAAAGGGGUAUGCGGGGAAAACGAAGAAAAAUGGACGUACCUCUUGCAAUCUGAAGGGAUAAAUCUAGAAGUUCGCGACAGCCUGGGUUGAAACAGCUCCUGUUUUGGUAGAACUAAGUCCAAAUUAAAAUUAAAAGUUUGUGAUUUCGGAACUCUUUUCUGGAUUGUAAACUUUAACGGCCUGAGAGUUCUCAGAGAAUUGCACCAUUCGAGUAGACGAAAAGUGAAAUUCGGAUGUCGGGUGAAAUGGGUCGGUAGGAAUGGAAUGGUAACAGGUGCGGCAGACGGCCAGACACGCCGGAGGCCCAGAAGAAGACGUUGGCAUUCGGAACGAGUUUUUUGCCUGUUUCAAGGGCCGCCCAUCUCUACUUGAGCUGUGUAAUGUUCCGAUCCUCUCAACAGUACUGACCGCCCACAUUUCGGAGGAAAAAUGAUUCGAAAGAAAGUUUUUCUUCAAAAAUCGAAGUGCAAAAAAGCAGAGGUGAUUUCUAGUAGCUACGGAACGCUAAAAGGUUUCCUCUUCUUUGAAAAAUAAUUUUUUUCUUUUGCUCAGAUAUAGGAAACCAAAAAUAAAAUCAAGUAAUAUUUCAAUCCGUUACUGAAUGAAGUAAGACUGAUUGAAUUCCGCAGAUUAUAAAGACUUCCUGAGAAGUUUCAGCUUUCUUGAAAUUACACUAAAGGAAUGAAAAUUAAAAAUUAAAAAAGUCCACAGGAACCAAUCACUGAAGAGGUUUUCUCCAACUCAACUCAAGCGUAAAAAAUCUGCAAAAAAAUACGUCAGCAGUUCGAAAAAUAUCCCUGGAAGGCUCAAAAAAAUUAUGUUAUUUAUUUUUUUGGCAGCAAAAAUCUCUCAAAAAAAUUGAAAAACAGUCUAUUUUAUAACUCAUCAGCUCUAAAAAAAUACAUUUAUAUUUUCUUUCCCUAGAAGCUCAAAAAAACAUAGUCUCUUGAAAUCAAGUUAAGGAUGAGAAAAAAAAAAGGAAAUCUUCUGUUCAGAAAGGGAAUUUUGAGUUGAUUAUCAACAUACUUCAAGUAAAGAUCCAUUUUCCGUUAUUUUGAGGAUAAAUUGUUUUUUGGAAUGCAUGCAGCUUCCAGGUCUUCAGAGCCGCUAGGUACUUUCUCAAGUAAUAUUGAAUAUCAAACUUCUCAUUCAUUUUUUUUGAGUGUAGAAAAACGCUUAAAAGAACCGUGUUUGGAACGAUGAGGAAGAAGGUGUUUGGAGUGGUAUGAAUAAAUUCUGAAGAUAUGUGGCCUUCACGGCGACGGCUUCAACCGGCUUCCGACGAAGCCACGCCCCCGUGUUGCGUCGUCUUUUUUGCUUUUCUUUUGCCAAACACACACACCGAUCUUUUUUGAAUCCAAACCUGCUCCACCGUAAUCGAACACGAUUCGCAGGAUCAGAAAUACAGCCAAAACGUGUGAAACUGAGACUAAUUUCGAUUUGGAAAAAAAAGACGAGGAUCUUCUGGUCGCAUUUAGAAUGGCUAAACAUGCUGCGGCUCAAUUUUAGGAUUAUUCUUUUUGUUCAACUUCCUUAAAGUUUCUUCCGAGCAUAUAGAUUCCCAUCAUCGAACCAAGAAAAAAAAAAAUGAAUUCCUCGGCCACCGUAAUAAAAAUCGUACGAUUUUCGGUCGUUAAAUGUCUCUUUUUUUUAUUUGAAAUACAACCGUCAUGUGAAACAAUUUUUAUGUUGCCGAUUGGCCGGCCGGACUGAAAAGUUUUUUGAAAACUGGAUCAGAAACAACAUUUUUACUACUCGAUUUGAUUGAUGAGAGUUCGAAAAUAGAUGAUUGCUCAGUUAUUGAUGCAGACAUUAUUGGAGACGGAAUGUAUGAAAUUCAUCAGUUCACAUAUUGAUUCAGAAGCAAACAUUUUGACGAAAAAAUCUAAAAAAAAAAACAUUUAAAACGAGGUCCGAGUGAGACGAAAGCUGCUAGAAAAAACAUUUUUUUCAAUAAUUUUUUUCGCCCAUAGAAAAAUGAAAAAAAGGCUUUUUAAUGAUGACCAAGGUGAAAACUGUGAAGAAGAACUCAUAACUAAAAUAUUUUUUAUGUACUGCCUCAUUGUUAGGAUAAGAUUCUAGCUUUAAAAAAAAACAAUAAAAAUGAGCUUAAAACUCUGAAAAACACAGUAAAGUCAUAACUUCCAAAGCAUCCGAAACUUGAGAAUAAUUUAAGUAGAUCUGAAAGUUAUGAAUAUCUCCGGAAACAUCGGGUACUCUCGAAAUACAAAUCCAAGUCACGAGGCGCGAAUUUUGAAAGAAAAAAAAAAUACAAACUCUUCUCAAAACUAUGAAGUUUUGAGCAUACAACUAAAUUAUUUUUUUUUCGCGAGAAAAAAUUUGAAAAGCUUUUCUACUUUCAGAAGGUGGGAAAUUUGAGAAAAGUUAAAAAAUCAGUCUGACGAGGGAAAUCCAUUUUGAAAGCUCAAAUAUUUACGAAACUGAGAAAUGAUCAGGACCCAAAUGAAAAUGUCUGCCAACCUUUUUUUGGAGUUAGAAGAGAGGAGAAGCUGAUUGGAGGAAGUGUGGGCAGAGGGGACGACGCCCGCAUAAGUACCGACACGGGCGAAGGGGCCGUCCAGCCCACUGGUCAGAACUUGAAUCUUCCUCCCAUUGCCAUUCAAACACUUGCCACGCCUCCGGUGCUUCUGAUGCGGAUGCAGCCGCUAACAUGA